UUCAUCUUCUGGAGCGUUCUCCAUGGCUUUGCACCGAUGGUAUGGUUCUACCCCCUCAACAUGCUUGAAAUCUCGGGGUAUGAAGCUCUCGCCGUCGUCUGGUUCGCACCAAUCCUCUGCGCCAUUCCUGCCAUAUUCACAGCCCUGCAGACCAGGACGGGACUGUUCUUGCUCCGGGCGAUCAUGGUGGGUAGCGUGGCAUCCUUCCAGGCACCCACAACGUUGACACGCCUUGUUGUACUAACAGCCGGUAACUUUGCACUCGUGCUCCUGUGGUGUGCAACCUGGUGGCAUAAAACAUCUCAACAAAGAGUGGUGUCUUUCUGGGGAUCCAUGGUUGGGUUCCUAGCGAUGUUGGCAUCCCGUAUCUGGUACGUCUCAAUCAACCCAACUUGGAGCGAUAAUACCAGUAAUACCUUCGUCCUCACCAUCGGCGCCAUCGCUGUGCUGGAACGAUACUUCACUGCCGAGCCAAAGAGUCCGGAGCCCAAGCCCAAUGCUUCGAUAUCGGGUUAUUGGAAGAGUAUCGGUAUUGGCUUUGGGAGUCUUCUGUUCGUAACGCAUUGGAUCUAUGGGGAGGUGUCGGUGGUCAGCCGAUGGUCGGUUACUGGGUAUCCCAUGCCGGGGCCGCACCCAUUCCCAGCAAGUGCUGCAGUAUUUCUUGAAAUCGUCACCGGUGUUCUGCUGUCGACCAAGCUGGACCUUGUCACAAACUUCUUAUGGGUUUGGUUUAUUGGGGGACAUGCAGCGAUUGGACUAUACUUUCUUUCAGGCUUCUUCUCCUUUGCCCUUGGUCUCAUCUUCAGUCUCUUCAUCAUGGCCGCGUGGCCAGAGAUGAGUGACCGCUUGACCAGCUGCCCUCCGGUCAAGACACUGCUUCUUGUCAUGGCAACCUAUCUGUUUGAGAUGCUCUUCUCGGUGUGGACCGUGGCCUACAACUUUGUGCCCUAUGGAUAUCUCACCAGGGAGCAGAGUGCAAUCCUAUUGGUGUUCUGUGUGUUUACGAUAGGUCGAGCCUUGACCAAGGGAUCACCGAGGAACACCGAUGACAAGGAUUGCACUCAUAUAGGAUUCUCCAAUCUAGAUGGAACCGGAUCUCACCAGGCUUUUGCGGAUGCCAAGAUUUUGAUCAUCCUGGUUGCCAUCGUAGGUACUGCUGGAUACGCAUUCCGUCUUCCAGCCCACGCCUCCAGAUCGAGUGUAGCAAAAGAGAACCCCCAACAGUUCACCAGUCUUAUCUGGACAGCACACUUUAUGUAUGAUAACAAUGGAUGGCCAAGCUAUGAAAGGGCUGCUCAGAUGCUGGAAGAUUCAGGGGCUGAUGUUAUAACACUCCUAGAGUGUGAUGCUUCAAAGCCGUUCUUGGGUCAUAAUGAUAUCAGUAUGUGGCUGGGAGAAAGGCUACGCAUGCAAGAUGACUUUGGGCCUUCCACCAAGCUCCACACAUGGGGGAAUUUACUUCUAUCCCGCUACCCCAUCCUAAACUCGGAGCACCAUCUUCUUCCAUCACCGAGGGGCGAGUUAUCACCAGCUAUCAGCGCUACAAUCAAUAUGACGGGUAACUUAGUGGAUUUUGUCGUCACUCACAUGGGAAAUGACAGAGAUGACGAGGAUCGAAAGUUGCAAGCAGAAUUUCUGGCUAAUAUUACAAGAAGAAGCAAAAAUCCAGUUGUUUUUAUGGGAUACGUCACAUCGCAACCAGGAAGCAGAGAUUAUAAAAAAUUGACAACUUUUGGGAAGUUAAAGGAUAUAGAUCCAACUGAUAUCCACAGAUUCUGUGAAUACAUCAUGUAUAAAGGAUUAAGAAGGUUAGGAUAUGCCCGGGUAACUCACGGAGGACUUAGCGAUACUGAGAUCCAGAUGGCUAAGUUUGAGUACCAGAUGGCCAAAUUUGAGAUCCCCAAGAAUAGAAAAUUUGAAGACAAUGAUGAAAUCGUCACAGACAAGAAUAGGAUUGAUGAAAGCGUCAGAUUUACAGAUAAGUUUGGUGAUUAUCGAGUAGGGCAUGGAUCUGGAGAGCGGCAUCGAUAUCACAUGAGUACACCAAAGUACUUCACCAGGAAAUUACGAGAAGAGUAGAUGAUAUAAUCAGAAAGCUGCAACAUGAAAUAUCGGGUUCAUAACCAUUAACUUUGGUCUAAUAAUUUGGGUGGUGUUUCUUAAUAACAGUAACUUAGUCGAUACUAUUCGUUUAUUAAAGGGGGAGCGAAUUGUCUGGGGUCCGUUAUUGACUGUAUGCAUAAAUACAUUAGCUAGUCUUAAAAUGUACCUUUCAAAUGACUAUUAAUUGUUCAGAGAAUAAAUUAGCCUAUAGUUGCAUUUCUACAGAGAAACUAACAGUUCUCGACAGAAAAAGUAUUUGUUUACAGCUACUUGGUAACAUAAUCUUGGCAGUAUGGUUCUAAUGAGUAGUCAGUGAAUCGGUGUGUUGCCAUUCAAGUGGGUUUAUAUUACAAGACUACACGGCUGAGAAUGAUGCAUUGUGGGUUAGGAACCUGGCCAGAUACUAGUAGUUGAGGACUUGUUUAUUAUUGGAAAGGUGUUUUCCAACGAACUUUACCCAACCCUUGUAGGAUUAUGAAUUCAUUCAUGUAUGGAUUCACUUAUUGCAGUCGAGCCUUGCUUGACGCAAAUCAAAAGUUACAUCACAGCAAAGAAUGCCUACUGAUUAUCCCAGCGUGAAGACUUACCACAUAAAUAUUGUAUCACAUUAUUUGGGAGAAAAUAGUCUUUUGGGCCAUAUACAAUAAUUAUGUGUUCAGUUUUGUUCUGACUUACACAAUACUUUUAAUUAAUCAGAUAUUGAUGUUUGUUUCAAGUUGGUCUCCUGACAAAUGUGCUCAUAGCCAAAGUAGAAAUAUGUAACAUUGCGAGUGACUUGUAUGGUAUUCAGACCAACUGGGUGAAAUGGAUGAACUGUGAGAUAUUAGACCAAAUGGUAAUAUGAUUAGACCAAGUGAUAAUUUGCUUCCAAUAAUGCAUGUCGGGCCGGGCAAUUUAGUACAUGUACAUUGGAUAUAUCUGAAUGUAUGUUGUUGUCACAUGGGCCCUUAGUCUGAACGGUUUAUUUCCAAUUCGUCCAAUUGCCAACUCGUCUACUAUCAUUUGGUCUACCAUCAGUUCGUCUACUAUCCACAUGGUCUAAUUGCCAAUUCAUCCACUCACCAUUUCGUCUAAUAACCAGUUGGUCCAAUAGCCAUUUAGUCCAUACAUUUGGUCUAAAUUGGACUAAGUGUUAAUACUGCAAAAUGAAUGAAAAUGAAAUGCAUAUUAGACCAACUGGUUAUGAGAAGAAAUGGACAUGGACGAAAUGAUGAUUGGACCACUUGGUUGUUAGACAAAACGUCGAUGGACGGAAUGACAUUAGAUUAAAUGAAGGUAGACCAUGUGGUGAUUGGACGAGUUGGCAGUAGACAAAUUGGCAAUUUACCAUCUGAACUCCAUUAUAAUUUAAGUCAUGGUCUGAGGUUGUGGUUUAACUGUGGGAAGCAGCCAUAUGUGACAGCAAUGUCUUUAUUAGAUGAUAAAUAAUCACAGAUUUGCAUUCAAAUCAUCAAUAUUGUCGUUCGAUGAUUACCGGUAGCGCAGUUAUGUUCUCAUUAAAACAUGGGAAUAAUAAUUGUGAUAUCUUACUGAGCGCACACACCGUCCACAGACGCUCAUGGCGCUAGAGCAGCAACAGUUCUUUUGGAUUUAUAUAUAUAUAUACAAACAACAACAAAUAUAAAUGUAAACAAAGUCAAAAAAGAGAUCUUAACAAAUUCAAACUGGGAGAUAAUUUUAAAGAUAACAGUUUUGCAUCACCCACCAGAAUUCCUAGGUACAUCCUGGUGGGGGCUGGUGCCCUCCUACUUGCUGCCCGUUCACCUACAAUUUAAGGGGCAGUGAUCCAAGUACACACAAGAAGCUUUACACAAUAACAGUGUAAACAGAUUUUUGGCACUUUUUGCUUCUCAUAAUUUUAGCCCAAAUGUAGACCAUGGUUUAUAAAUUAAGCCAGAUUUCAGAAUACAGGCCAUGUUCCUUAGUACAAGAAUCUUGUACUAAAGCCAAACUUUGUCAACUCAAUUCAAGGAAGGGAUACUGUGUGCAUCUCUUUUAUUUACUCUAAAUACAAUUGGCAUUAUUUUUCAAUGUUUGUAUAAAAUUGAUGAUGUGAUUUAUAGCUUUCAUAUGAUGAAAUUAUAACUGUGAUGAAUAGUAAUAUGUAAUUGUCCGAACAGGUAUUCUAGUACACAAGGAUGUAGCAGAGGCCAGUAGUUUGGAGUCAAGAGGCCACUGGAGAAAAUGUUCUCCCAAAGACUUUGAACACGUGACUUGGGCCGAGGUCGAAGCCAAGGCCGGCAAAAUAUGGCCUUGAGGCCUGGCUUGACUACAUCCCAGCGGGUAUGUAAUUGCUCAAUUCAUGUUGUCUGAGUAGCUUUUAGCUAGUGUGCGUGCACAUACAUGUAUUUAUGACUGAUUGUAACGUUUGGUAAAUGGUUUGCCCUAGAAUAACAGUAAACUUUUAAUUAAACAAUCAAUAGUAUCUUUCAUAGUACAGGGCACUACUACAGCCUGUAUAGAGCAAGGCAAUUAUGCAUGUUUUCUGUGCAUCUUACUGUGAAGUGAAAUUGUUAUAUAUUUCUUUUUUUUUAAUUUUUACAAGGUGAUUGGUGCUGAACAUCAGCUGCUGAUGUUGUGUUUCCUUUUUUGUUGUAGUUUUUUAAUCUUUUUUUAUUCUAGCUGUUCCUAAAAACAUGUUUAUGGUCACAAAGGUCCUCAUUCUAGCAAAAUUACCCCAAAUCAAUCAAAUUUAGUAUUUCAUGUCUUGUAUCAAAUAUAUAUCUCUUUAUCAAUGCCGAUUAACCCUCAUGCAAAUAUUCUAAAUGAACUGAGGAAUUUGCAGAGAGCAGUGAUUUUGAUAAAAAUGUCUGAUAUCAAUUCAAAUAUUACAAUAUCAUCAUAGAUCUAGAUCUUUUAAUUGUUACAAUAUAAAUUUAGAUGAAAAUAGCCAACAUGGAUUAGCACAUAUGGGCAUGUGUAUUAUUUUUAUUGCUUGGAAAUAUACCUUUCUCCAGACAAAAUACCAUGCUUGCACUACAAAGUUUCAACCAAAGUCAUUAAACAGUUUGGUAGUUAUUUUGUUGAAUGCUCAUUCUGUUGAAACUAAUUUUGUUAUCAUUACAGCAGCUAGAAUAUGUGUACACCUGUAUAAGCUCUUCCAUGUCUCAUUUCCGUCGUGCAAGAUUGUCACCAUAAAGUAUGUUUAUUCAGUACUUGUAAGUUUUCCAGUAUAUUGUCAGUUAAUAAAUAUUCUAUAUCUUGUUCAUCAUGAAUAUUGAAUAUGUUGAUGAUCAUGAAUGCCAACAUGAAUAUUCAAAAUUGUGUUGAUCAUGAAUACUGAAUAUUUUAUUUGUCAUGAAUAUUGAUUGUGAAUAUCCAAACAUCUUGUUGAUUUUGAUUACUCAGUAUAUUUUCUUAUCAUGAAUAUUGAUCUUGAAUAUUCAAUAUCCUGUUGAUCAUGAAUAUUCAAUCAUUUUCUUGAUAAUGAAUAUGUCCUUGUGAUAAUUUAUUGAAAUAAAUUAUGAAGAAAAAGCGAUAAGGAAUCUAAGCAAGCAAAGCAUUGUGGAUUCACUGCCAUAUUGUAAUAGAUGUAGAAUUAGAAACAGGGUAGCGAAGGAUAGAAUGUAAUUUAGAUUUCAAUCUAGUCAAUAUAUAUCCCUUGUAAGUUGUAUUUUUGUUGAUUUGUCUGUAGCUAGAUGUAAUAUAUCACUCCAUUGUGAACUGACUGGUGUACAUUUACUUUGAUAUAGUUAUUGAAAAAUUUUGUGUGAUUUUGGCAGACAAGAUGCAAUAUAUAAUAUAUCUCAUUAUACUUAAGAGUGUACGAUAAGUUCAGCUCCCAUAUAGAUGGGAAUAUUAUACAUUGCCUACCUGGUUGAAGUGAAUAUAACAUUUCAUUUCCCAGAAGGGAUUAUAUUUUGCCUGAAGCAUGCACUGCCGAGUGGAAAUGUUAUGGAAAUUAUGUACCUUCAGAGGGAGUUGAAAUGAGUAGAGGUUUCACCACUUUCACGAUACACCAUGCAUUCUUUUGUGGGUAUGAGUUCGUCCUAAAAAGGACCACCCUAACUUGACGUUUCGACAAGUGUAUUCUUGUCGUCCUCAGGAGAAAGUGUCCACCUAGCUAAGUGGCAGUGACAACCGUUUCUAUUGCAAGAUAUACACACUUCUAUAAAUAUACAUGUUAUAUUCAGCAUCUACACCAGCGGGGUGUUUCACAAAGAUUUAAAUGCUGAUGCGUACACGAUAUGAAACGUGCUAUCUUAUUAAUAUGCAGUAGUGCAUGUCCUCUUUGUAUGAUCUGACAAUGUCAUGGCUUUUAUACCGCACGCAACAAGGCAUUAAAGUGCAACUCUAGGUCAUACGUAACUCUUUCUGAAACACCCCCAGGACAUUGAUGGAUUUCCAUGUGGUGAUGUUGAUCGGAUCAAUUGCAACUCUUUGUAAGACAUGGCCCUGUACUUACAUUGUGUCACUGAAAUGUAUUGAGAAUAAUAUGUUGGGAUGUGGUUUGUUCAAUUUGAUGGCAAGUUUUAUCUGAAAUGAUAUGCAGGUGUGUUUAUGUAUGUCAGAUGGUAUGGAAAGUAUAUUAUGGUAUUGGUCAAAUGUUAAAGUGAUUUCUGUUGAAGUAUUAUAAGCAAUAAUGUUGUCAAAACUGAAUAAACUUUGAAAUCAUUA